ACUAGUAUUAAAAUACACACAAAAUGUGUGCGUUGCAAUGCGAAUAGCAAAUAUAACCGGGCAAACAGGAAAAAAACGACAAAUCUACAAACUAUUUUCUCUAUUUUUUUUAAAGUGCGAAACUAUCAUAACGAUCGCCGAGUUAAGUGUCAAGUUAAGUGAAAGGAUUACUUCCUAUCUUUCGUGCGGCAAUAACAAAUAGUGCAUGCACCCAGGAAAAUAAAGUUAACAGCGUUCGAGGGAUUUUUACAAAGAUAUUUGCUGCCACAGAAAGCUGUCGGAAGAUAAAGAAGAAGCAGAAGAGCAGCCAAUUUGAAGACGACUCUUCCCGCAAGUCUGCUUUAUUUUCGCUCUUUGGUUGCAGUUAUUGGCCAAAUUAACUAGAAACAAAAGGCCCAAAUCACAAGCAACUGAAAGCUAGAACCACCGAACAAUCAACAUCUGAAGCGGCAAGAAACUCACCAACUUCGAAACAACAACCAUCAACCGCCAAUUAGCAACCAUUUUGUAAACAACAUUUGAAACAAAAACCAAAUUUUAACUACUUUCAACAAUCAUUCAAGCAAAAUUUGUACAAAAACUAAGAACUGAAAUAAUUCACAACACCGAUUCAACAACUAUUUCAACAAUAACUGAAAACGUGUCGCGACUUGAAGCUCCCGCUAUCCUGCUCGCGUGUACUCGUCGCCGUUGUCCUUUUCCGUUGUGGUGUACGAUAUUGGUGUUUUUUCUCAAACAUAUAUUUUUAUAUAUAUACAUAUAUUUCUUGUGCUACGUGUUCGUCGUCCUUGUCGCGUGCGUGUGUGCCCGUGUGCGUCUCUGUGUGUGUGUGCGCGUGUGUGUGUGCGAGAAGAGGAGCGCGGUAGUUUGUGUAUGCUAUGUCAGGGAAAGGGGGCAUUGUGGCGCUCAUCGAGGCGGCUCAAUAUCUCGAGCAGCAUGAGAAGCUCCCGCUGGCGGGAGGCGGCGUGGGCGUGGCACUGCCCCAACAGCAGCAGCAGCAGUUGGUCCACUGCAAGAGCAUCUCCAUCAUCAACAACAACAAUAGCAGCCAGCACAAUAGAAAUAGCAGCAGCAGCAGUAACGGGAUUAUUGCAACGCCACCGUUCACGAACGGAAAUAGCAACGGUACCGCCGGCGUCGGCAGCGCGAGCGCCAACUCCAACGUUAGCGCCAAUGCGAACGGGAACGGUCUGAGCAACGGUCACAGCAGUCCUCGCAGUCAAUUAGCCGCUGCCCACGAUUACGAGUUUACCGCCACCGGAGUUGCCAAUGGACACAGCGAAGGUCGCGCCCACGUCACGGAGGACGAUAGUUCCUCAAUCAACAACAACAACAACAACAAUACCCAUCCCCCACAACAACAACAACAACAGCACAGUGCUGCGGGGAGAACGACAACAAGAAUAGCAACAACACCAGCUAUAUUAACGAAGUUGAUUGGAAACUCAGUUACACCCGCCUCAAGCACCACCUCCCUCCCCACAAGCACCCCCUCAAUUACCACUUCCCCGCCCGCCUCCACAGACUUUAUGCUGCUGGCAGCGGCAGCAACAACAACGAGUGCAACAACCGCAACAGCAUCUGCUGCUGCAUCAACAGCAACAGCAUCCAAUCCUUCCAAGCACAAACUGGGCACCAUCGCCGAAAUACCGCCCAAAUUUCUAGUGGUAUCAGAUGCCAACGGAGUUUAUCCCACUCCCACGAAUCCCACGAAUCCCAAUGGCUACUCUGCCGAUACCCCGGGCGUUGUUUAUCCCGAAGCGAGGAUCAAAAAGCUAAUGCAGAAUUUACAAAGGCAACGCCAGCAACAGCAAUCACUGCAGCAAUUGCGCAGCUUGCGACCGGCGGAAAUUUCCCUAACACCGCCGCCAGCAGCCACUAGAAAAGUGGACACCAGCAACUCACGGACACGCUCUUACUCACUGUCCAAUGUUUCAGCAGCCAGGGAUCAGCAGCAGGAUCAUCCGCAGCAUUCGCAGCAACAUGGCAACCAUCUGCAGAUCGAGCAGCAGUACAGCUAUAUGAGGACUGCCAUUGGCGGCGUAGUCUAUGGCUUGCCCACGGACACUGUCGACUCAGCGUCCACGUCGGCUGGUGGUGCGGGAUCAGUAGCGGUAACCAUGAGCAUUGCCUCCUCGGCGCCAGCGGCGGGUUCCCAGCUAUCGGCGCAUCAUCACACCGGACACGGCGGACGCAGACGCACCACCAGUUCCAAUAGUAAUGGAGCGGGCACACGGGAGGUGCACAACAAGCUGGAAAAGGAGCGGCGCGCCCAGCUGAAGGAGUGCUACGAUGUGCUCAAGAAGGUGCUGCCCAUGAGGGAGGAGGACCGAAAGAAAACAUCCAACUUGACAAUACUCGACACGGCCAACAAAUAUGUUAAGGACUUGAUUAAGUAUGGUUCCGAGCAGGAGACGAUGUUAGAGAAACUGGCCAACCAGAGGAUUGAGCUGCAGAAGCGGCUGAAGCAACUGACUCUAAGGAGGGAAACGCCGCCCACCGAUCAGCAAAGCAUUCCACAGGCCGACAAAGCAGUUUGCCUGGCAACAACAGCCACACCAGCACCACCAACGGCGGCCAGUGGUCGCACUGGAACUGGUACCACCAUUCUAUUUGAUGCAGGCAACGUCUGUGCCACUGGGCAGCUAACAACUGUGAUAAACAAAACUAAUGCCACACCAGCAAUAGCGACCGCAGCAGCCAGCAGCAAACACAAUGGCAACCAUACAGGAGGGGCAACAACCACACUGACCCCGGCCAUGGGCAUCAUGACAAUUAAAAACGGCAAUGGCAGCAAUGGCAAUAUACUGGCAAUCUCACCAACGGCAGGCCAGCAACAGCAACUCCACCAUCACCACCACAACGGCAGUCCAGCGGUCAGUCCAUCGGGAAUAGGAGCAACAACUGGAGCCACCAUUACACGCGGCUCGCCAACGCCAUCGACUCCAUCGCCGUCGCCCAGCUCCUCGUCCAGUGGCGUCUCGUCGUCGGCCUCGUUUAUAGGCGGCUCCUCAUCAUCGUCCUCAUCGUCUUCGUCCUCAUCCUCCUCCUCAUCAUCAUCAUCAUCUUCCAGUUCGUCGUCCAAUUCGUCUUCGCCCACGCAACAACAGCAACAACAACAACAACAACAACAACCGCAGCAGAUUAUCACGCCCACGGCCACCGCCCAUUUAGUGGGUGCCCGUAGUGUUGGUCUAAAAUUCCAUGGCGGUGCGGGCGGAGGUGCCAACGCUUUGAAUGGCGGUGCCACCAUUGUGGCCGCUGCUGUGCCAGCUGGCGGAGGGUCAGCGAAUGGGUUCCAUCAGGCCGAUAAGGAUCGCAAUUACAAUUUCCUGAUGAUCAGUGCUGGGACAACAGCACAGUAACCCAACAACCAUAACCACAAGCAAACAACAACAAAUUACUACAAUAAUAACGAAAACAACAACAACUGAAUUGUGUGCAACAGCUCCCACCUUAUGAGAAAGUAACAACCAGAGGAAGGCACUCUGAAAACACUUUUUUAAAGCCAGAUGAUAAACAUGCGUAUUUUCCACACUUUUGCACACAUUGAAAAUGAAUACAACAACAGGCAGCGAACAACAAAACCAAGUCAUUGAAGCUGUAAUUUUGUAGGAAAAAUAUAAAGAAAGAAAAAAAACAAAAGCUAUCAAACAGUUCCGCCCAACACUUAGCAUCGAUUUUCAAAAUCAACAAAAUGAAGAGAAAAAUUAUUUUUUAAUGAAUAAUUUUAAAGCAACAACAAAAAACGCGGAGGAAAACGCUAGCAACACCAACAAUAAACCAACAACAACAAGAACAACAACAACAAGGGAAGACCAAUUAUAUGAAUACAAAACAGCAACGACACCGGCACUCAAUCACAACAACAACAGCUUAAAGCCCCACAACAAACAAACCCUACAACACAGACCCAUCAACUGCAUAUAUACUAUAUAAACUAUAUAUCUAAUUGUAUACUACUUUAAAGUAAACCUAGAGAAGAGAAGAGGAAACACACCAAGAAUAGCACAGUUAAAUGUAAAACAGGAAAGAAAGAAAAAAAAAAAGAAAAAAAACAAAACCAAAUGCGCUGUUGAAACAGAAACCACCAAUGGGUAACGCUUUAUAAAUAUAUAUAUCUCUAAAUAUAUAUAUAUAUAUACACAUACCUAAAACUAAGAAGAAGAGGAUUAUAAAUUAGAAAUAUGUAAAAGCAGGAUUUCCAAAAUGCAUGUGGCAAAGAAAAAAAAAUGAUAAAACGAAAUCAGAUAGAUGUCUCCUUUCUUGACCAAAACUUAAACCGAAAUAAUUUCUCUUGGAUAUACAUUCUUCUUCAUUCAAAAGCGAAACAUUAAACAACAACAAAGCAGAAAUCAAAUCAAUAGAAAUAUAUCAAAUUAGAGUGCUUGUAUGUCAAAUAUGUGAGCGUUUUAAACCACACAUUAACCAAUAGCAUGUAAAAUUAAAUUAAACGCUGGCGACGGAGUGUUGUAUCUGUGUAAUACCCAUUUGAAUUAGAUAUUAAUGUAGCAAGCAAAGAAAACGUCGUAGAAAAAGUGUAAUAGUGCAAUAAGCUAACAUAAGCCAACACACUCCCUUCUCCCCAUUUUACAAAUUUUUUUUUUUUUUAUUUCUAGAGAAAUUUUCUUUGUUUUGAUCUUGUUCUGAAAAGACACGCAUAUAAGACAUUAUCAUAUAAUAUUUUGUGAUUGCGUAAAGCCACACCUUCCCAUGCAAUUUAAAUUUUUGCCUUAAUGCCAUUGAAACGGAAUCAAAGUAAGAACAGAGCAGCUAAAUUCCCAAAAUUAACACACCCACAACCAAGAAAAGCUUACAAAAAAAUAUUUAUAUACAAGGAAUGGCAAAGAAAGAACGAAAAUAGUUUAGAAAUAGACAACACAAUUAUCACGAUAAGGAAAAGAAAUCUAGCAAAAAAAAAAA